AUGCGACCGAAAAGUGACGGUAGAGGUGUCAUGAUAUCAGCCUUUACGACGGAAGUUGAGUUGGGUUUCGGUUUGGUCCUCAAACACGUCAACGUGUUUCGCCGCCUUAAAUAUUCUGGGAAUAAGGACGAUUUGAAGGAGUCUCCCGGAUUCCGUACGUUCGAAUAUGGAGCUAAUUUCGAAGGAUACUGGACGACGAAAGAGUUUGUGGAUCAAGUUCAAGACGUGCUCGACGUAUUUGAGUGUUUGUAUCCUUCGUACCAAGUCGUCCUCGAGACCGACAACUCUGGACCACACACGGCUCGCGCUGAAGACGCUCUGAGUGUGAAGCUCAUGAACAAGAAGUUCAAGCACAGCAACCCGAAUUCGGUUCGCAUGCGCGACACCAUAAUCACCGAAGAAUGUUUAGGCGAAUACGACGCGUCUACGCUCGAUCCUAAAACGGGGAAGCAGGUGGAUGUAAAACUGAAAGUCAUACUUCCCCGCGUCGGUUGA